UAAAAAUCUAACCUAUUUAAUUUGUAUUUAAAGUUUUAUUAUCUAAUUAAAUAAAAUAAUUAAUUAUUAAUUAAAUAAUUAUUUUAAAAAAUGUCUAGUCUAUUUGGAGAAGUUGUCUAUCCUAGUUCACGAGCAUUCUGGUCUGAAGAUGAUGAUGAUACUCAAGAAAAUGACAAUUUAUUAAUUUUUAAAAUUGAUUUAAAAAAUGACAUUUCAUCAAUUAAAACUUUAAUUAUCGUCGAAACUGAUUUACUUACAGAUUUUAUAAAAGAUUGCAUUGUAAAUAAAUCAGAAGUAUUGGGAACAAUUAGCAGAUCAUCAACAAAUGUGUCAACACUUUAUGCUCUGACAGAUGAUAUCUGUGUCAUGUUAGUAAAUUCUGUUGAUUUAGCAUCUGCAGGAGCGUUUAUUGAUACUAUUUCUAGUUUGUUAAAAAAAGCGGAAAAUAUUAUUGCGCUGACGUCUAAUCACGUGUCGCAAUUGAAGACACCUGAAGAUAAUACUCCGUCAUUUUUACGAUCGUUGAGUACUACAAAAGUUAAGGAAACUGUGGAAGAUGUUCCCAAGUUGAAGCAGCCUAAUAUUGUCUCUGGAGUUGCUGCUGGAGCCGUUUCCUUCGCCGAAGUAAUGAACCAAUCAGGAACCUUGUUCGUUCUCUACCUCGACAGCUUCUCUCUGGACUCAUCGACCGCAUCCCCUGUAAUAAAAUUACUUUCCAGCCUCACAAAAAAUGCACUGCCCAAUUUCUCCCCAUCCUUCUCAUCAUUUAAUAAAGGAAAUCUAUACAUGUACUUUAAAAUCUCUUUAUUCACCCAACAGUAA